CUCCCGCUAGCUAGCAUGGUUCUCUUUGAUUUCAAGUCAGACAAACACUUUGUUAACUCCUUUGAUGAAAUCACCAUUAGAGUCUGUGAGUUGAGGGACCCUACGAUUCACCCUUCCUAUAUCCGAAAAGCUCACUGGAAGGAAGUUGGCACCAUCAUCGUCGAUGGUGGCAAUAAUGGAGACGAUGAUCUGGCGGAAGAGCAGUACUACGACGGUUGGCCUCGUCAUGGUGUUGACUUGGUGAGGAUCACCAAUUGGCAACGCUUGGAGUUGAAGUACAUCGUGUCAAGACAGAAGAAAGUAUCAAAGCAACCGAUAGUUGGCGGCGGGGUGAGUAAAGAGAAGUACGAGGAGUUGAAAAGGAUGUUGAACAAGAAGGACGAGGAGAUGGAGAAGGUAACCAAUGAGAUGGAAGAGGAGAUACAAAAAUUGAGACAGGAAAAAGAUGAAGAGCUACAAAAGCUGCGAGAAGAGAUGGAAGAGACGAUCGAAAAGAAAGACGCGGAGCUACGAAAGGUGAAGAGACAAAGGGACGAGGCGAAGCGUCCGAAACCGAUGAUGUCCGAAGGAGUGAGCAAAGAGAAAUACAAGGGGUUGAAAAGGAUCGCAAGAGAGAAGGGUGAGGAGCUGGAGAAGCUGAGGGAAGAAUCGGAAGAAGAUCUACAAAAGCUGAGGGAUGAAAAGGAUGGGGAAAUACGAAAGCUAAAAGAGGAGAUGGAGGAUGCAAGCGAAAAGCACGAGGAGGAGCUGCGAAAGUCGAGAAAGAAAAAGGACGAGGUGCAAAAGCAGUUGAAGAAAAACGACGGCGUGCAGCAUACGCUCAAAAGGGCGAGCGACGACUUGCAAAAGCUGGGGAAGGAGAAGGUCGAGGAAGUGCGAAAGCUAAGAGAGGAAAUGCAAGAAGAGAUAGAAAAGGCGAGAAAGGAGAAAGAUGAAGAGAAGGAGGAAGAGAUGGCAAAAGUGCUCGAAAAUGAGCGAAGAAAGAACAAGGACGAAGCAUUGCAGAGGCUGAUCAACGAAAAGGAUACCGAGCUCGAAAAGAUGAGGAACGAGCAUGAAGAAACGAUGAAAGAGAACGCUGCCGAAACGAGAAAGCUGAAGGAACAGUCGUCGCGACACGAGCUGGAGUAA